UUAGAGCUGAAUAUAAAUAAGAGUCCUCCAUGCAUCAAAUGUUAGUUGUGAACAGAUAAACAACCUCAUUUCUCUCGUUAGAGCACGGUCAAAAAAGAAAACGUUUACACUUUACAAAAACCACUUCUUGAUCAAACUUUCCUUAGAAAAAAUUACAAAAUUUCACACCAAUAUUUUUUUGGAGAGAAUAAUCAGAAAUUAGUUCAUCAAUGGAGUCUAUUGUUUCUGAGCUCGAAGGGGUUCUCUUGAAUGACCCAAAUCCCUUUUGUUACUUCAUGUUAUUGGCUUUCGAGGCAUCGGGGCUAAUUCGAUUUGCUCUGUUACUAAUGUUAUGGCCAAUAAUUCGACUCCUCGAGGUUUCUGGGAGGGAGGAUUAUGGGUUAAAACUUACUAUAUUUGUGGCCACGGCGGGUAUAAAAAUAUCUGAAAUUGAAUCAGUGGCUAGAGCUGUCUUACCUAAGUUUUAUUUUCAUGACAUUAAUAUGGAGUCUUGGAGGAUAUUUAGUUCGUGUGAUAACAGAGUUGUGGUGACAAAAACUCCAAGAAUUAUGGUGGAGAGAUUUGUGAAAGUGCAUUUACGAGCUGAUGAAGUAGUUGGUAGUGAACUUGUUAGUAAAUCAGGAUUUGCAACUGGAUUUAUUAAGGAUGAUUUUGACAAGAUUUCAGAUCGGAUUGCUGCAUUAUUUGGUGAUGAACAACCAAGUUUAGGCCUUGGUAGGCCACAAUUUGGAAGAUCCUUCCUUUCUUUGUGCAAGGAACAAUCACAACCACCAUUCUUGAGCAGCAAAAUUAAUCAGGACCACAACCAUCUUAUUGUCAAGCCAUUACCAGUAAUUUUCCAUGAUGGUCGACUUGUUAUUCGUCCAACACCAUUCUCAGCCCUAAUAAUCCUUUUAUGGAUUCCAAUAGGCACCCUUUUAGCUAUAAUUCGAAUUUCCAUUGGCGUAAUACUUCCAAUGUCAAUAAUUCCCUAUAUAACUCCUUUAUUUGGUGGCAAAGUCAUAGUCAAAGGCAAGCCGCCACCACCAGCUACCACCACCAACCCUGGCGUACUGUUCGUCUGCACUCACCGAACCCUCAUGGAUCCCGUCGUCCUCUCGACCGUACUCCAACGUAAAAUUCCUGCCGUAACAUACUCGAUCUCCCGACUAACCGAGAUUAUGUCGCCGAUACCAACAGUUCGAUUGACCAGAACUAGGGACGUGGACUCGCAGAAAAUCAAGCGUCAACUACAGAAAGGAGAUUUGGUUGUGUGCCCUGAAGGAACAACAUGUAGGGAACCGUUUUUAUUGAGAUUCAGUGCACUUUUUGCAGAAUUAACCGAUCGAAUCGUACCAGUGGCUAUGAAUUAUAGAGUAGGGUUUUUUCAUGCAACAACAGCUAGGGGAUGGAAAGCUAUGGACCCAGUUUUUUUCUUCAUGAAUCCUAGACCAACUUACGAGGUAACAUUCUUGAAUCAACUGCCAGAAGAUGCCACGUGUUCAUCUGGGAAAAGUCCACAUGAUGUUGCAAAUUAUGUUCAGAGAAUUUUGGCUGCAACAUUAGGAUUUGAGUGUACAAAUUUUACGAGGAAGGACAAGUACAGGAUUCUUGCUGGUAAUGAUGGAAUAGUAUUACAGAAAUCCAGCACUAAUUAUGGGAUUAAAAAAUUGGUUAACACAUUCAUACAUGUGGCGGGCACAAGAAAGAAGUUGAUUAUGAGCUACUUUAUUUAGUACAAUAUUUAAGUUUAAUUCUGUUUUUGUACAAAUUAAAACAGUGGCUUGGAUUCUUUGUUUUUUUUUUUUUUUAAUCUUCUUUUAAUUAUUAUUUUUCCAGAAAUGUUGAAUAAUCCACUGGAUUAACUG